CGGGGCGCUUGGCCAAUGGGAAGGCAGCUCGGCGCGCCCCACGUGGGUGGGGGCCGCUCCCGCGGGUUCCCAUUGGCUGGCGGCCGGGGCGAUUGGCCGCACGGGCCAGGCCCCACGUGGAGCCGGCGCUGGCGCUCGUUCAUUGAUCGCGCUCCGCAGAGCGGCGGGCGGGGGCGCCGGGCCCGGCGGGGCGGGAGGGGGUGCGGGCCCGGUGCUGCCCGGUGCUGCGGGGCCCGCCGCAGUUCGGCCCGGCCCGCCCCGCCGCACGGGUGCGCGCCCGGGGCCGGGGCCAGCAGCGCGGACCUGAUCCGGAGCUGGGGAGCGUCCCCAGGCCCCGUCCUGAGCCUGCAUCGGGACCUGGAGCAGCAAGAGGGAUCCUGGGCCCGUUUGGUGCUAAAGAUGUUCCCGCAGAACCGGCCCCCGGCCCAUCUGCAGGCACCCUCGGCUGCCUCGGGAGCUGCUGUCGCUGCCAGCGCCAUCCCCAGCACCCCCCAAUCCCUCAAGCUGACCUACCCAGAGACACUGGACCGCAUCAAGGAGGAGUUCCAGUUCCUGCAGAACCAAUACCACAGCUUGAAGUUAGAAUGUGAAAAGCUGGCAACAGAAAAAACAGAAAUCCAGCGUCAUUAUGUCAUGUACUAUGAGAUGUCUUAUGGCCUGAACAUCGAGAUGCACAAACAGACGGAGAUCGCGAAGCGGCUGAACGUGAUCUGCGCCCAGCUCAUCCCGUUCCUGUCUCAGGAGCACCAGCAGCAGGUGGUCCAGGCCGUGGAGCGUGCGAAGCAGGUGACUAUGACCGACCUGAACGCGGCGAUCGGGCACCAGCUGCAGACCCAGCACCUCUCGCACCACGCUCCCCCCAUCCCCUUGACCCCCCACCCCUCCGGGAUGCAGCCCGCCAGCCUCGCCGGCAUCGGCAGCGCCCCGGGGCUGCUGGCGCUCUCUGGGGCGCUGGGGGCCCAGGCCCAGCUCCUUGCCAAAGAUGACCGAGGAGUCCACGACACCGAGCCCCGGGAGCGGGACCCCGGCCCCAGCUCCCUGGCGCUGCCCAACGGGGAGCGGGCACGAAGCAUCUCCGAGUACCUGAGCAGCAGCAAGAAGAGGAAGGUGGAGGAGAAGGACUUUGUUACAGACUACGGCAGCGACGCGGACAAAAGCGAAGACAACUUGGUGGUGGAUGAGGACCCGUCCUCCCCGCACAGCGUGCACUCCUACUCGUCCCGGGAGAACGCGGCGGAGAAGGUCCCGCUGGGGAGGAAGGAACCUGUCCCGCUCAGCCCAACCUCCAUGGCCUCCUCCAGCAGCACGUCCCCGUCCCGCAGCAAGGAUGCGCCCACGGUGGAGAAGGCAGGGACGCCCAGCCUGAAGUCCAGCACCCCCACCUCCCAGGGUGACGCCGCGGCCCCGGGCUCCAGCGCUGCCCAGUUUCGCCCCACCGCUGCCAAGGCCUCCGUGGACUCUCUGGGUGAGCUUGUCCUGAGCACUGGUCCCGCAGCCCCUGUGGGGACGGCCCUUGCCCUGUCCCUUCACGCCGCCUCUCCCCUGGCAGCCCUGGGCCUGAGGAACCCGCUGGGAAUGCAGAGCCCCUACUCAGCCGCCUUCAGCAUGGCCCACCCCGCGGUUAACGGGGACAUGGCCGGGACCGGUGCCUACGGCAGCCUCCACCUCAUGUCCCCGCAGCUCAACGGGGCUGCGGCCGCCGUGGGAGCCGGCAGCUACGGGCGCUCCCCCCUGGUGGGCUAUGACCCGCACCCCCACAUGCGUGUCCCGGGGUUGGCGGCCAGCAUGCCCGUGGGGACGUCAGGGAAACCCGCCUACUCGUUCCACGUCAGCGCCGACGGGCAGAUGCAGCCGGUGCCGUUCCCACCCGACGCCCUCAUCGGCUCCGGCAUCCCCCGGCACGCUCGGCAGCUGCACACCCUGACCCACGGCGAGGUGGUCUGCGCCGUCACCAUCAGCAACUCCACACAGCACGUCUACACUGGGGGCAAGGGCUGCGUGAAGGUGUGGGACGUGGCGCAGCCGGGCACCAAGACCGCUGUGGCUCAGCUGGACUGCCUGAACCGCGACAACUACAUCCGCUCCUGCAAGCUGCUGCCCGACGGCCGGAGCCUGAUCGUGGGGGGAGAGGCCAGCACCCUGUCCAUCUGGGACCUGGCGGCCCCCACGCCCCGCAUCAAGGCCGAGCUCACCUCCUCCGCCCCCGCCUGCUACGCCCUGGCCAUCAGCCCCGACGCCAAAGUCUGCUUCUCCUGCUGCAGCGACGGCAACAUCGUGGUGUGGGACCUGCAGAACCAGACCCUGGUCAGGCAGUUCCAAGGCCACACGGAUGGCGCCAGCUGCAUCGACAUCUCCAAUGAUGGCACCAAGCUGUGGACGGGGGGGCUGGACAACACGGUGCGGUGCUGGGACCUGCGCGAGGGGCGGCAGCUGCAGCAGCACGACUUCAGCUCCCAGAUCUUCUCCCUGGGGUACUGCCCCACGGGAGAGUGGCUGGCCGUGGGCAUGGAGAGCAGCAACGUGGAGAUCCUGCACGUCACCAAACCCGACAAGUACCAGCUGCACCUCCACGAGAGCUGCGUCCUCUCCCUCAAAUUCGCCUCCUGCGGGAAGUGGUUUGUGAGCACGGGGAAGGACAACCUGCUGAACGCCUGGCGCACGCCCUAUGGCGCCAGCAUCUUCCAGUCCAAGGAAACCUCCUCCGUCCUCAGCUGCGACGUCUCCACGGAUGACCAGUUCAUUGUGACCGGCUCGGGGGACAAGAAAGCCACAGUUUACGAGGUCAUUUACUGAGACUACGAGAGGUGCCAACUGCGGGGGGGCCCACGCCGCGUGGACCCGCAGACAUCCCCGCGAUGGAUGGACGGACGGACGGGCGGGCGGGCUCUCCCUGCCCUCCCGCUGACUUCCCAAAGAACGUGCAGCCCGUGGCCACGGCGGCCGAGCCUGGGGCGAGCGGCGAGGGCUGGGGUGGCCAUGGGCCCACGCCAGGCGUCGCGCGGGGAGGCGGCCGCUGCUGCUCGCAGCAAAGUGCCCGGGGAAUUUCUCCUUGUUUUGUUCUUUAUUUGUUGGUUUGUUUCUAAAUCUGGACUGAGGGAGCUGGGGAGACGGGGGGGCGGGUGGGUCCGGUGGUGUUAGGAAUUUUGGUUGGUUGGUUUUAACUUUUUGUUGUGUUUUGUUGGUUUGGUUUGGUGGGGUUGUUUUGGUUUUUUUGGUUAAGGUUCGGGGCCAGGCUGGGGAGGAUGGUCUCUGUCCUCAUGUCCCUCUGUGCCUCCUCCUAGGCUGUAUUUAAUAAUAAAACCAAACAAAACAGCA